AGUUAUUUUCUUGUAGUCGCAUAUGCUGUGGAACUAUACGGGCCUGGCCAUGCUGCUGGCCUAUGUGCUGGCAGUGGGCACUGAGUGGCUGCGCCUCUAUGCCAGCUACUCGAUCAAUCUGUGCACGGAUGCGACGACCAUGUGGCUGCUGCUGACGCUGACUCCCUGUGUGCUGCUGCCGGCACUGGUCUAUUUGCGUCUGGCUGUUGUCUUCGCCAGCCGUUGGCUGGCAUUCCUGACGGAUGUGCAAUUCGUGCUCAUGGCACUGGAGGUUCUAACGGCGCUCCUACACCAUGCUCUGCGCCUGGCCAGAGCUAAAGGGGAGUCGCACAACCAGCCUGAGUCUCGUCUAGGUGCAUAUUAAAGUUUAUGUGGCAUUUGAA